AUGCCACUUUUCAAGGAACUUGUUCUUAGGUUAGACGUGGGACAUAACACUGUCAUUCGAGAUGUCCAACUCUGGCGCGAAAUGGACGCUGAGAAGGGCCAUGAGGGAGGCCCAAGUGCCAAGAAUUGUCUAGCGGAAGUUAUAGGAAUGGUUAGCGUGGCUAAACUGCCGUUAUGGCUUGACUUGGACAGAAGAUAUCGGUGUUUUACGACAAGUGAGACGAGUUUCCGGUAUUUCAAUGCCAAAUUGAUGCGGCAGCGACACAGGAACCGAGGUAUUCUGUGCCGGAUUCAUUCGAACAAUGAUUCUAUAGAGUAUAUGCUCUUCCAUAAAUGUUUGAAAACUGAUGUGGACGCGUCAUUCGAGAUAGAAUCGAUCGUCAUCGAUCUGUCGACGAAACGCCGCUUGGACGCUGUACUAGAUAAGAUACACAGUGCUAGCGAUGAAAGCAACGCUACUACAGAAUCCAUCAGCAGAAAUGCAGCAGGUCCGUCCAAUGCUACAAAAUCUAUCGAAAAGAUCCUCGAGAAGAAUAGACAACAGCGAUUACAAAAAAGCAACUCACUGAACAAAAGAGUAUUGCUCAAUGAUCAACACCAGCAUUUCGUUACACUACUGUCGCAGUGCAUACUCUCAGGUCUCAGAUUGAGAGGCGUUCCCCAGUCCCAAUACGAGAAACUGUACAAGAUGACGUAUAAAGCGUCUGAAUUUGCGUUCAGAAAUGAACUGCGACAAACAACGCCGAUCAGUUUCGAAGCUAUUCAAGACUGCGUGGAGACUCUUUUGAAAUUAUUCACAAAGACAUGA